GUUAAUUUUUGUCGACGCAGGUAUCUGCUUACAGCUUGCUGCAAUAAUUAAUAGAAAAUUAACAAAAAUAUUUAAAAAUCAUUAAAAAUAUAAAAAAUAUACAUGUUUUUAAACAUAAAAACUCUGUUAAAAUGAGUGGUAAACAUUUAACAAACAUAAAUAACCCGAAAGAUGUACAGCAACCAAGCGAGUCAUCAUCAUGGCUAAAUUGGUGUCGGCUGUGUGCAAAAAGUGAAUUAAAUGAUGAAAGGAAGUACUCAAUAUUUGACAAAAAUGAAGCUGGAGCAAACGAAGCAGAUUUGGCCACUUCGGUGGGAAAGUAUUUUUGGGUUAAUAUAAAAGCUGAGGAUGAGAUUUCCCAGUGCUUGUGCCGGGAGUGUCGGAAACUGGUGCAGGAGUUGGUCACUUUCACCGAACGCGUUAAUAAGGUACAAACUUUAUUUGUUUUACUGCAAACUAUGAAACCCAAAACUAUAAAAGAGGCUGUUAAGUUUCGUAGACAAUUUGGCCUAAGUGAAGAGGGCUGGGAGCAUAUAAUAAAGCCGGAACCACCAAAAAUACAAGAAGUACCAAAGCCGUUGCUAAUAGAUCAACAAGUACAAACAGAUUUGUUAUUUACUACAGAAAUUAAAGAAACAGAAGCUCAAACUUCCAUCUCUAAAGCUAAAAAGGAUUUAAUAGACAUUCUGCAGAAACCCGAUAAGAAUGAUGACUAUGAAAGUCAAACAGAAACAGAACAUGAUACUAAUGUCUAUGAGUACAGUAUGCAGGAGGAUAAUGAAGUUGAUUUUGUAAAUAAUGAAGAAUUUAUAGUGCCUUCAGGAAGUUCACACACUGAGGUAAUUAAGUCAUCCCAAGAGGAAACUGAACAAGCCGAAGAACAGGAGGAUGAAGAGGAACUGCAAGAUAGUGAUCUUUUUAAAGAACUUAAAUUUAAACAAGAAGAUGAUGAAGAGGAGGAAGAAGAUGAACACCAGCAACAACCUAAAAGGUUUAAAAUUAUUUCCGCCGAAGAAGAGGUGGAAGUAGAAUAUCAAGAUUCUCAACAAACAGAACACACAGAAGAAGAAAAUGAGGAAGAUUUCGAAGAAGAUAUGGGCGAUUCGUUAGAAGUAUUAGAGGAAGGGAACAACGAUAAUUAUAUUAAUACUAGUGAUAGUAAAAAUAAUGGCCAACCCGAUAUUUUCGAAUUAUUAAAAGGCAAAAGAGGUCGUCCCUUUGGCUCUAAAAAAAUGGAUUCCAAUGAUUCCACCUAUCGCUAUGAAUGCAAGGAAUGUAAACGUAGAUAUAAAAAUCCCACUAUCUUCCGUAAACACAUGAUUACCCUACACGAUGUCAUAGUAGAAUUACCAAAUUCACAUCUGCCCAGCAACAGAUGUAGCAUUUGUAGUAAAGAAUUCUUAACCCGAAGUAGCUUAAGAUUACACAUGCGAAAUCAUUUGCCCGAUGAGGAGAAAUACAAUGUACCCUGUCCGUAUUGUGAGCGUAAAUUUUCCCAAGUGGGUGCCAUGAAACAGCAUGUUAAGGGUAUACAUCAUCAAAUGAAACCCUUCAUAUGUGAUCAAUGUGGUCGGGAGUGCAAAACAAUGGCGGCUCUAACCGAACAUCAAUUAGUACACACCGAUGAGUGUCCCUUUGAGUGUGAGGUGUGUCAUAAACGUUUUAAAAAUAAACCUAGACUCAAAUCUCAUAUGGACACACACACUAAAUCACUGUACAAAUGUCCCGACUGUGAUUUGGAAUUGAAUACUAGAAGAACUUUAUUGCAACAUCGCUUAGUGCACAGUGAUGUUAAGCGUUUUAAAUGUGAAUUUUGUGAUGCCGCCUUUAAAAGAUCAAAGGCCUUAAAAAAUCAUUUGAUUUUGCAUUCGGGUCUGAGACCUUAUAAAUGUAAUUUUUGUAAUAGGGCUUUUUCGAAUGGUUCGAAUUGUAGGGCUCAUAAAAAACGUGCACAUCGCAAAGAAUUGGAGGAGGAAGAGGCAAAUGGUAAGGUAGCCGAACGUGUACCCAUACCGAAAUUAGAGGAACUUAAGACAGUCAAAGGGGUUUUAGUGCAACCACGAAAAGUUAGAAAAUCUGGUGGUCUGUCUGAUCGUGUGAUACAACUACUGCAAACGGCUGAGGAACGCAAAUUGCAAAAUUCUCAGGAAUAUGAAAAUGAUGAUGGUGCUACAGCAGCAGCCGCUGAGAAUUAUGAAACUUAUACCCAUUUUCAUUAUGAAAUGGAUAAAUCAGAAGUCGAUGAAACUGAAUCACUGGUCGAUAAUCCCAGUGAGGAAUGUGAAGAAACUGUUAUAUAUGAAAUUAUUGAUGAAAUAUAAUCCUUAAUUGUAUUACCAAUACCUUUUUUUGUACGUGAAACUGUAUGUAUAAACAAAUCUUUAGUUUUUUUUAGUUAUAAUAUGUUUCUAAUAAUUCAUUAUAAUUAGUUAUAACGUUUAGUUUAAUAUGUGUUUUAAAUAACAAGUAAUAUUUGAAUAAUAAAAUAUAUAUA